AUGAAUAAUUGGUAUUGGAUCGUGCCAGCUGGCUUUGCACUUUUUCUUUGCCUUUAUGGAACAAUAGUCGCACUCGAUUCGUGCGACUAUUAUUAUAAUUAUACGGACUAUUUAUGCUAUGGCGCGUAUAUUCCCGCCAUGGUAUUUGUAGCAGUAUGCUUUAUAAUAUCUGUAACUUAUGGCUUGUUCGUAGUCAUGAACGAACGCAAAAAUAGACGGAGGCAAAAUCCAGUAGCAACUGAUCUUGAGGCGAUUAAUACUGUGGAUAAUCCAGUAGUAACUGAUCUUGAGCCUGUUAAUACUGUGGAUAAUCCAGUAGUAACUGAUCUUGAGCCUAUUAAUACCGUAGAUAAUGUGAAUGAGAAAGAUGCAAAUGAAGAAGAAUUGAAGAAAAGAAUUCGAUUGAUAAGGCUGAAGAAAGAAAUUGCUGAACUAGAAGGUGAUAUAGAGAAUAAAGGUGCUAAUACAAACUUAAAAUAUGAAUCAACUCCAAAUACUGUAGCUAAUACUGCUCCUAAACAGUCUGAAAAACCCGGAUAA